AGGCAUCAUGUUAAUGUUACUACUUAGCUUCGGCUGUUGGAGAUCCUGACGAACAGUGUCCAGAUAAAGCGUCCGGAGUGAAAAAGUUGAACGGUAAAAAAAAAAUAUAUAUAAACGGUAAAAACCGUAAAGUUGUCAGGUAGCAAAAUAGGUUGGCAACAAAACGCACAGCAACUCACAGCAACUCGUAAACAAGUCUGCAAGUUGUGACUGGAAAUGACGUCCAAACCUCCCCCAGGUGUCCACAGGAAGAGUUUGGAAGUUGAAGGUCAAAACCUGGGGACUGAUAAUGUAUCAGUGAUUGAGGGGGAGAUGGCGACCAUCAGCUGCAGGGUGAAGAACAAUGAUGACUCAGUCAUCCAGCUCCUCAACCCCAACAGGCAGACCAUCUACUUCAGAGACGUCAGACCCCUGAAGGACAGCCGGUUCCAGCUGGUGAAUUUCUCCGACAACGAGCUGCGGGUGUCUCUGUCCAACGUGUCACUGUCAGAUGAGGGACGCUAUGUGUGCCAGCUCUACACAGACCCUCCUCAGGAGGCCUAUGCAGACAUCACUGUGCUGGUCCCACCAGGCAGUCCAAUCAUGGAUUCCCAAGAGGAUGUGGUCAGUGAGGGGAACGAGACAGAGCUCACCUGUACAGCCAUGGGCAGCAAGCCUGCCGCCUCCAUCAGAUGGAUGAAAGGAGAGCAGGAGCUGACAGGCAAGAUGACGGUGGAUGAGACCUACGACGGGAUGUUCACAGUCACCAGUAGGCUGAGACUCACCGUGUCCAAGGAGGACGACGGAGCGCCAGUCAGCUGCAUCAUCGACCACCCAGCCGUGAAGGACCUCCGGGCACAGAGAUACCUGGAAGUGCUAUAUCAACCAGAAGUGAAGAUUGUUCAGGCAUUCCCUGAAGGUUUAACAAGAGAGGGAGAGAAUCUGGAGCUGACGUGCAUAGCAAAAGGCAAACCACAGCCCCAUCAGAUCAGCUGGCUCAGAGUGGAUGAUGAUGUGCCGUCUCACACCGUGAUCACCGGCUCUGACCUCUUCAUCGAAAACCUCAACAAGUCGUACAACGGCACGUACCGCUGUGUUGCCUCCAACGCCGUGGGAGAGGCCUACGAUGACUACAUCCUCUUUGUAUACGACUCCAGAGCUGGUGAGGGGGCGCCACAGAAGAUAGACCACGCUGUCAUCGGAGGCGUGGUUGCCGUGGUGAUGUUCGCUAUCCUCUGUGCACUCAUCGUCCUGGGGCGCUACUUCGCCAGACACAAAGGCACCUACUUCACACAUGAAGCCAAAGGGGCAGACGACGCAGCAGAUGCAGACACGGCCAUCAUUAAUGCAGAGGGGGGACACAACAACACGGAAGAGAAGAAGGAGUACUACAUCUAAUGAUGAGAGGCCAGGGGGGUGUUAUGGUGGGGGGUCCUGUAGGAGCACUAUAUCUAACUCUGAAUGGGCCGGAGGGGUGGGGGAGAGGUGGAGGACGAAAGGUGCAGCUGAGGAGGAAAGAGAGGUGGGGUAAGGAGAAGAGAAAAGGAGAGGAGUGAUGAGAAUUGAAGAGGAGAGGAAGAUUGGAGUGGAUGAGUAGUGGGAGGCUUCAUUGCUUCGUCGUGGAUUCUCCCAUCCAACCUCUCCUGGACUGCUGGGUCCCAUUCUGUACAGUUCAAUUAUUUUACAGACAAUUUUGUGCCUUGUUCUAUUUCUUUCGUAAUUGUUGUCCCCCCAAACCUGUUGACUCCACCAGUUCCUUUUUGCUGCAGUUAUCUUUUAGAGGAGAUGACACAGCACUUCUUCUCUUGUUGUCCUGCCGAUCCAUCUUAGCUUGUGUACCAGGCUUUUAGAAGCACCCUCUCUCUCGCUCUCUGUGUCUCUCUCUCUCUAUGCUGUGUACUGUAGAAGCACCCUCUCACUCGCUCUCUGUGUCUCUCUCUCUCUAUGCUGUGAACUGUAGAAGCACCCUCUCUCUCGCUCUCUGUGUCUCUCUCUCUCUAUGCUGUGUACUGUAGAAACAGCCAACAAUACAUUUGAGUCAUUUCCAGCUGAAACCUAUUGUAAACAACUCUUAUCAAUAUCAAACUAUACUGUCCCUCUUAACUCAAUCAUAAAUAUGACCUCUCCUGCUGUAUCAGACAUCCUGAAACAUCACUUUUAUUUUUAUUCUGUGGUUAAAAGACUGAAGUUGCUGCCAUGGUCAUAAGACUUGUUGAGUUGUGUUGUCUUAACUGUUACGCUAAGAGGUUCAAACCUCUUAAUGAGGUCACUAGGUGUGGGGUUACGGUCACAAUAUGGUUUACUCUGGGUCAUCAUACUCAUACCCUUAAUGAUCAGUAAAUGACCAAUGUAAUAGUAAUGCUUGUACAUGUGUGUAAAUACACUGCAUAUAUUACCCAGUAUUUUCAACACAGGUUCAAUUCUAGUUGAAAGAAUACUCUUCUACAGAUAAAACAAGUUCAAUUGUGUUAUUAUAUACUGAAUUUAAUAUAUUGAAUGUAUAUUUAGAAACCUUACAAGGACCUUCAAACCCUAUUUUAUUGCUGUCUUAGGCCAGGGAUCAUCAUCUAGAUUCAGCCCCGGGCCAAUUUCUUCUUGAGCGGAUAGUUGGGGGGGCGGAACAUAAUUUCAAAAAAAUACUUUUAGACUGAAAAUAAAUAAUAAUAAUAAUAUUUCACUAAAACAUAAUCAUUUCAAACUUUGUUUACAUAUGGGGACAUUGCUCUGCAUAGGGGGCCGUCUUUUGGAUGGGACGUUAAAACGGGUCUCCUGCCUCUGUGGUCAUUCAAAAUCCCAUGGCAUUUAUUGUAAGAGUAGGGGUGUUCACCUCAGUGUCAUGGUUAAAUUCCCAACCCGGCCACAUUCCAUCAUGACCACCUAAUCAUCCCCCGCAUUGCUAAUUGGGAUCCAAUUUUCUAAAUUAAAAUCACUUGAAGCUGAUUUCCCGGAAUUUUUAUAGUCAGUGUUAUGUCCAAAAUGAACCCCCCCCACCUCCCCGAAAAUAUAUAUAUUUUAAUUAUUUUUAAUUUUAUGCUCAGAAAACUUGGGGGGCCAAAUAACACCACCCGCGGGCCAAAUUCGGGCCACAGGCUGCCAGCUGGCGAACCAAUCCUUCCUUUAACUAGUCUGUUGGCUAAGGUAGCUAUUGAGAGGAAUAUACUGUAUCUCAGUAUGAAAAGGGAAGAAAAUAUGUUACUUAUACUUUAGAUUGAAGAUGUUUUAAUUGUAAUGAUGUCUAAUUAAAAACUCUUCUGUCUCUAUUUUUCAAACAUUAGCUAGUACACAAUUCUGUAUGUAUUAUUUGGACUGCCGUUGUAUAUUUUAUGGAUAUUAGGACACACUUUUAUAUAAUUGUCGCAUUACUUAAUGUUUUGUUUUCAAAUUAGAAAUGUAACAGAACACUAAUGGUUAUUGCUCAAUGAGCAUUCCUAAUGGUGUCUGUGAGUCCUGAGUUAUUGAAGAUCCCCUAGAAGUUGUGAAUGGGGAAUGAGUAGCAUGGUUUCCAUUUCUGCCAUGUUUCCGCUUUUAAAGUAAUUGUACAGAUUGCUGUGGAAUCCCUGUAAUGCAUACUGAAGUUCCUGCUUUUAUCUUUCCACGGUACAUUAGUCAGUGGAUUUAUUGGAUAUAGCGGUGUGACUUGCAAAACAACUCCAAAUACAUUCAUAAAAAACGGACAGCCACUGCCUUACUUUGCUUUUAAAUAUGUCAUAAUGGUGAUGGAAAAAAAGAGUGAAGGACUACAUUCAGUGCCUUCCUUUAUUUAAAGGGUAUACAGUACGGUGUCAACAGUGUCAUAAUAUAUCUUAGUAUAUGAAUCUCGUGCUACCUUACACCAGUAGUGGUGGUCUUACUCUCUACUCACAUGUAACUCAUAAAUCAGACAGUACUAAGAACUGGAAUAACAAGCUGGAGUUAUUUUCAGGUUGGAUAAAUAAUUGGAAUCGUAACUGAAUGAUAUGGCAGCUUCUAUUGAAAAACAGCUCCCCAUAACAAACAAGCUAAGUAGUAUUAAUUAUUUUAUUUACGGGUGAUCUAUUUCUGUCCGUUGACAAUUUAUAAGGUAGCCGAAAUAGUUGAUUUAAUUUAUUUACAAGGUACAUUUUGGUUGUAUUUGUAUCGUUAUUGUAUUAGGUAUGUACUGUAGUUGUGGUCAAGGCUCACCACACUUUUAGGAAAGGUAAAACAAGCGAAACAGUCCUGGAAAUCUGAUGUUUAUUUAAUUGAAUUGCUUGAGUGUGAUGCAGAACAUAACCGAUACCAGUAUAACACAUAGAAAUGUGCAAAUCAAUAUUCAUCUCAUAGCUUAUCGAUUAGUUCUGAACUCGCUUUUGUUUUGUUAAUCAUCAAUGUUUAUUCUGGAUACAAUUGAAGUGAUCGCUGUAGAGAUUCAUAUGAAGUGUUGUUUUUGUUUUCAGUAUACACUCAGUGGCCAGUUUAUUGGGUACGCCACCCGUUCACGAAAAUGGUUUUGCUCCUACAUAUAGUGAGUCACGUGGCCGUGGCUUGCUAUAUAAAGCAGGCAGACAGGCAUCGAGACAUUCAGUUACUGUUCGAUUGAACGUUAGAAGGAGAAAAACGACUGACCUAAGCCACUUUGAGCGUGGUAUGUAUUUCAGAAACGGCUGGCCUCCUGGGCGUUUCACGCAUGUCUAGGGUUUACAGAGAAUGGUGAGACAAACAAAAAACAUUCAGUCAGCGGCAGUCCUGUCGACAAAAACAGCUUGUUGAUGAGAGGUCGAAGGAGAAUGGCAUGAAUCAUGCAAGCUAUAACAGGGGAGAUACAAACAGGAAAAUAGCGGUGCAGUACAACAGUGGUAGGCCGUCUUUGUAAAUAAGAAUUUGUUCUUAACUGACUUGCCUAGUUAAAUAAAGGUUUUUUAAAAAGUGGUUUGCAGAACGGCAUCUCAGAAUGCACAACUUGUCGGUCCUUGUCACGGAUGGGCUAUUGCAGUAGACGACCAGUAGACGACCACAACGAUUUCCACUCCUGUCAGCUAAAAACAAGAGGAAGUGGCUCCAGUGGGCACUCGAUCAACAACACUAGACAAUUGAGGAGUAGAAAAACAUUGCAUAUCCAGGUUCCUAAUAGCAAAGUCAGUAUUUGGUGUAAGCAGCAUGAGUCCACGGCCCGACCUGCCUGGUGUCAAUGGUACAGCUGGUGGCGGGGGUGUAAUGGUGUGCAGAAUGCUUUCCUGGCACACGUUCAGUCCCUUGAUACCAAUUGAACAACGUUUCCAUGCCCCGAAGAAUUCAGGCUGAUAUGAAUGCAAAGGGGGGUCCGACCCAGUACUAGAAGACUGUACCUAAUAAACUGGCCACUGAGUGUAUUUGAUAUGUAGUCCAUGUGUUUCCACUUUCUCAGGUUCAUGUUGAAUCUUGUGUUUUGCAUCUCAGGUGAAAUGCAAAGCGAAUGCCCCCCCAAGAAUACUACACAUUUCAGAAAGUUAUAAAAUCACAAGAUAUAUCUUUUUUUCUCAGUUGUAUAUGUUGUGUUCUUAAUAUAUGGUGCACUGUUAAAUGUUACGUAUUAUUUUGUAUAGACCUAGUUCACAAUGAAAGAACUAGAGUUGUUAAUCAGACAAUAUCACUUGUACAGUCGGUGUCCACUAAAAUACAAGGGUUGUUAUUUAUAAAACCUUAUAUCCACAGUAAAAUGUAUCGUCUGUUUUUUCCCCAGACAUAAAGAACAAGUAAUCACCAAACAAAAUGGAGACUACGGGCUCUAUUCAAUCUGUAUUGUUACAGAUUGUGCAAUAUUAAUGUAAAGGUCAUUUCCGAUUGAGUUGACAUAUACAUCGUUUACAGUGAAUGCAGUCUCCGCUAAACGCAGGAACGUUCCCUUUCAAUUUCAAUCAUGCUGUAACGCUGAACUUCUGCAAUACAGAUUGAAUAGAGCCUUAGCUAGCAUUAGAUACUCUCUAAUGGUGUAUUAACAUCCUGAGUAGGAUGCGUGUCAGUCACAUUUUCAGAUGUUUUCAAACAAUAGGUCGUAUAUUUGCAGUGGUUAAGUUUUCUGAUUAACCCCCAACAUUUCUUUGAUGUUUGGAUGGAGAACAUUUUUGAUGCCUAGAACGUUUUGGUUGUUCAUUGCCCCAGUUAGUUGUUUUGAGGUCAAAUCUUUAGUCUCUCUGUACCUGGGCAACAUUUCUGUGUAGUAAAGAAAGGUUUCCUCAUGUUCCCAUACAUAUUUUGUAUUGGUUCAUAAAACAUUUUUACAAAAAAAAUCUGAAGAGUACUUGUCUUAAUAAAAAUAUAUCAAUGUUAAA